UAGAGAUCAUCGCCGGCACCAAAAUCCAAUUGCGAUUAAAAAGAGUUGUGGCUGGGGGAAUAAAGAACAAGUCCAAAACAAAUAAAGGCAAGGCGAUAGCCAAGACCAAAGCAAAAGCCAGGAGAGAUUGGGAUUGAUAGAUUCCCUCCCUCCCCCAUUGCUGCAUCUUUAAGCAAGAAGGCCGCAGCCGGAAGUCCAGACCGGGGCCAGCAGGGGAUCAAAGAACUCCUGCAGGGGAAGCCUCUGCUUCUUCCACCCAUUUCAGAAUUUUUGCUCUGUUUCUUAGGAGGCGUAGUAGCUCUCAAAUCCAGCUCAGAAGGGGCUCCAGGAAGCAGAAUUGAGACAAAUUUGCUCACCAGAUUGCCUGGAAACGAACAAAAGGCGUUGCUUUGUGCUCUUGCCUCUUGGAUCAGAGGAAUCUUCAAGAAAUUGAUAAAAGGCGCCUUUUUGGGAGGUUCGUGGGUCUCGGAAGCCUCCAAAGGCGCCAUUUUUGGCCACCUUUGCGAGCCUCGGGAGGGUGCUGAUGCUUGCCAUUUGAUACCGCAGCGACCGCUCCGCCGGCGAUGGCAGCAGCGGAGGAACUGCUGAGGAAGAUACGGGAGCUGGAGGAGGGCCAGGCCGAGCUCAAGCGGGAGAUUUCCAAGUUCGCGCCAGAGAACCAGAGCGCGCAGGUCAACUCGUCGCGCCGCCCGCCUCCGCCGCCGCAGCAGCCCUCGCCGGCGCGGCGCGCCCUCGCCUCGCUCCCUUCCUCGUCCUCGCGGCUGCAGCGAGUGGGCCGUGUCGGGCUCACCGACAGGCAGCACAUCAGGGCGUUGCACGCGCUGGGCCAGGCCGUGCAUAUCAUUGCCCCCGGCGGGAAGCUCCUGUACUGGAACCGUUAUGCCGAGCAAAUGUAUGGUUAUUCUACAUCAGAAGCAGUUGGUCAUGAUGCUGUUGAACUAUUGGUUCAUCCUGAUGAUGCUGAGGCAGCAAACAAUAUCAUCGGCAAUAUAUUUAUGGGGAAAUGUUGGAGAGGGAAGUUUCCUGUUAAAAAGAAGUCAGGAGAACGGUUUUUCAUUGUGGCCAAUAACACUCCUUUGUAUGACGAUGAUGGUAGCUUGGUGGGCCUCAUUUGUCUCUCAGUAGAUACACGGACAUUGGAGGAUAUACUGGGCCCUUCAACUUCAAUAAAAUCAUAUGCACAUCCAUCAAAACCCCGUUUUCAAGUCAACAAUCGGCCUAAGUGCAGUUUGUUAAACAAAAUUUCUUUUGAUACUCAGCAACCUAUGCAAUCUUCUAUCGCCUCCAAGAUAACAACUUUGGCUACCAAGGUUACAAGUAGAGUUCGCUCUCGGAUCAAGACAGGUCAGAACUGCAGUGAACAGUAUGGUGUCGACUCUGAGAGUGAGUACUCUGAAGAUGCUUCCAAGGAAGAACCAACAUCUAGUGGAACAAACACCCCAAGCUAUGUACUGCACGGUGGCUUUGUUAAAGGAGAGAAUUCCCCUAGGAAGUCGAGCAAAACAAGUAGUGAUGACUCAGGAGAAGGAAAUGAAAGGCUUUACAAGAUUAGUUUGAAGGCAGAGGAAUUAUUUGCCAAGAAGGGGAUAUCAUGGCCUUGGAAAGGCUAUGAACAUAACGGUCUGGGCAAGAGUCAGAUGAACCCACCGCAAUUUCAUGAGAAGCAAGAGAACGACCAGGUACAUCAGGGCGGUCCAGAGUCAAUUGUAAUUCCAGAUUUCCAAGAUUCUGAGAGCGCCCAUGAAAACAAAUAUGAAGUAACAGGUUCCUGGUGGUCCUUCAACAAUGACAGCUUGAGUAGUAUCGAUAGCAGUAUAAGUACCAAUAGCAGUGCUAUUGAGAGAUUAGAUCAUGAAGCGGAUUGUCUAGAUUAUGAGAUUCUGUGGGAAGACCUUGUAAUUGGAGAACAAGUAGGUCAAGGUUCUUGCGGAACAGUGUAUCAUGGUCAGUGGUUUGGCUCGGAUGUGGCAGUUAAAGUAUUCUGUAUGCAGGAAUAUUCAGAAGAAAUGAUAGAUACCUUCAGACAAGAGGUAUCACUGAUGAAGAAACUACGCCAUCCAAAUAUUAUACUCUUCAUGGGUGCAGUUGCAUCUCCAGAACGACUUUGUAUAGUCACGGAAUUUCUUCCAUGUCCCUUAUUGAGAGGAUUAGUGUUCAGAAAUCCACUAUCCAAACUUCAACUGCGAAUCAAUGGAGGGAGUCUAUUCCGCUUACUUCAGAAGAACGCUGCGAAGCUGGACCCAAGACGGCGAGUUCACAUGGCUAUAGACAUUGCAAGGGGCAUGAAUUAUCUUCACCAUUGCAGUCCUCCAAUUGUUCACCGUGAUUUAAAAUCAUCGAAUUUGUUGGUUGACAAGAACUGGAAUGUAAAGGUCGCUGACUUUGGUCUUUCACGUCUGAAACUUGAAACAUUUCUGCGAACAAAAACUGGAAAAGGAACACCCCAAUGGAUGGCUCCGGAGGUGUUACGUAACGAACCUUCAGAUGAAAAGUCUGAUGUAUACAGCUAUGGAGUUAUUCUGUGGGAACUUGUUACUCAGAAGAUACCUUGGGAUAAUCUCAAUACAAUGCAGGUUAUUGGAGCUGUUGGUUUCAUGGAUCAGAGGUUGGACAUUCCAAGUGAUACAGAUCCUCAGUGGGCAUCGAUGAUUGAGAAUUGUUGGGAUAGCGACCCACGAAAACGCCCAUCGUUCCUAGAGCUCCUGGACAGGCUUAGGGAUCUGCAGAAGCAGUACAGCCUCCAUGCUCAGAUGCAGCGUGCAUCUGCAGAUGCUCUGCUGAAAGGUGCUGCAAAGAUGAACGUUGAAGAUUGCUAGCCCCAAAUCUAAUGCAACAUGGCAGUGGACAUUGUCGGCAACCAUAGAGCAAACAGGGUGGUUCAUCGACAGCGUAGAAUGCUAAUCUGGAAGGCUAGCCCAUGCAUCUUCCUCAGCUGAUUCCUGGAAGAGGGACUAUGGCUGGAGCUGGAGGUGUUAUAGUUACAAGAAGGUGAUGCACCGCUUGCCCUGAUCUCAAGGCCUGAAGCUUCAAAAUGUAGAAAUCUUCAGUCAAGGCUGGACACUGCUGAAACGAGAAUGGCAGCGGUUUGUGGUGCUGUUUUUGUGUUAACGCCCAAUUGGGCAAGGCAAGAAAAGGGAAGUCAUCUCCCUCAAAAAAGAAAGAAAGAAAAGGGAAGUCAUUCGUAAGUUGUAUACCCAGUUUUGAUAACAUUGUGCUGUGCAUAACCUAAAAAUAUAGUCCUAAAAAUAGCAGACUAACCUAAA